UCUUUUUUCCGUGGAUGUAUACCCCGCUUUUGGUUACACAAUGAAUGGAGAAACCGGGGAAUUGCAGAGGGAGUGAAUUCUUUGGCUCCUUUCUGUGGCAUUCUGCUGUGGAUCCCGGUUCCAGCUGUCACGCCUGUGCUACUGCCUCUGAGUCAGCAGCUCCAGAAGUUGUUAAUAAAGGGGAGGACAGCACAGUGAUCUUCAGCACCUUUCUUGAGAGGGUUGGAUGAAGAAAAGACACUUUUGGUGUGCAACCUCUGUAGCAUCUCUGCAUCUGUGUGCACGCUGUGCUAGAAAGGCCUUAAAUGUGCUGGAGACAUGUGUGAAUAACUGCGGUGAGAAAUUUCACAAUGAAAUAGCAAAGUUCCGGUUUCUGAAUGAGCUGAUUAAAGUGCUGUCCCCAAAGUACUAUGGAACGUGGUCUUCAGAAAAAGUCAAGUCCAGAGUGACAGAAAUAAUAUUCAGUUGGACAGUUUGGUUUCCUCAGGAAGUUAAAAUCCGGGAUGCUUAUCAGAUGUUGAAGAAACAAGGGAUUGUAAAAGAAGACCCCAAAUUGCCAGAAGACAAAAUCUUACCUCCCCCUUCACCAAGACCUCAGAACUCCAUCUUUGACACCGACGAAGAGAAAUCCAAGCUCCUAGCAAGACUGUUGAAGAGCAGCCAUGCUGAGGACCUGCAGGCUGCCAACCGGUUGAUCAAGAGCAUGAUCAAGGAGGAACAGGAAAAGUCAGCUAAGGUGUCCAGAAGAGUGAAUACAAUCAGUGAAGUUUCUGAAAAUGUUAAACGAAUGGAUGAACUGCUGGAAGGUUAUAAGAAACAGGAAUUACCCAAAUCUGACCAUGAAACGCUCCAGAGCCUAUUCCAGCGCUGUGAGAAGCUCAGACCGCUGCUGUUCCGCCUGGCCAGUGAGACAGUUGAUGAUGAUGAGGCUUUAGCUGAGCUGCUGCAGGCCAACGACAAGCUCACGCAGGUGCUGGGACGGUACAGGCAGACUGUAGGCAGUCAUGAGGACAGUGGGGGAGGCUGUUCAGCCAGCAGCUCCUCUGAUGCACCAGCACAUCGGACGCCCCCGAGGCGCGUGAAGAGCUAUACACUGAUUGACUUCUCUGAGCUGGAGGCCAUGGCCCAGGCUCCUGCAGACCAGUUUUCAGACAUCACCUCUGCCUCGCGACACAGCAGCACCACCUCUGCUUGUUUGCUGGAGGAGGAGCUGAAGUCAUUAGAUCUCAGUGACUCUCUGGUUUUACAGAAACCGCCGUCUGACCUUGGCUUAUCAGAGGCUGCUGUGCACAAUGGAUGUAGUAAAAAUGUAAGUGCUUUUGAACCACUGGAAUUGGAGGAAAGCUGGGGAGGCAGCUGCUCAGAGAAGAAUGAAUUUUGGAGCCUCGAUCAGCUCUCUCCACCUCCCAGGACCAAGAUGUUAUCCCCGGAUUUAUCACCAAUGAAAUUGCCCUUUCCAGAUCUUCCAAAUAGCUCAAUGGCAGAUCCUUCAUUCUCCAGCCUAGGCUACGAGCUGAAGCCUGCUGCCUCUUUGCAUCCAGCUUCCAAUGAUGCUUCUCUAGCAAACCUUUUUGUCCCUUUAAUUUCAAUUACACUGAGUAGUAUCUGUCCACUUACAGUGUAUGACAGAGAUGGCUUCAAAGCUAUGCUCCACUUCUCCAGAGACCCAGCUCCUGGCCGACCAGAUGUGCUGGUGAUGGUUCUCUCCAUGCUGAGCACCUCAGCUCAGCCAAUUAAGGACAUUGUGUUUCAGGCUGCAGUCCCAAAGACCAUGAAAAUAAAGUUGCAACCAGCAUCCGGUUCUGAGCUCCCAGCCUUCAGCCCGCUGCUUCCCCCAGCAGUGGUGUCUCAGGUCCUGCUGCUUGCCAAUCCACACAAAGAUCCCGUCCGUUUAAAGUACAAGCUGGCGUUCAGGCACGGCGAGCAGCCCGUCAGCAAAGUGGGAGAGGUGACCGGCUUCCCAUGAGCGGAGCUGUGGGGCGGCUGAACGCCCGGACGUCGCGGUUCGCCUCGGGGGAGGCGGGGCGCUCAGCACCGUGCCGCUGUCCGCACGCCGGCCCUGCCGUUGCGGAGCCCGCGCCGCGCAGCCUUGCCUCUGCUUCCGCACCGACGUUCCCUCCCGUGUUCGGGGCCGAUUUUCCUUCUUUCCGUGCGCGCUGGAGGAGCGGGUCUGGCUUUAAGGCCGAGCGCGCUGCGUGGCUGCAUAAAAACAAGCUGUUGGCGGACCCGGCA